AUGGAAUCCAAAUCUACUUAUUCACCAUUUAUUGAACAUUCAUUUCGUCGACUUUCUCUUCUCAUUCAUCAGCAAGAUCGUCUUCAUCCUAUAUCUAAUCAAUCAGCUGAACAGUCCCUCGACAAUUUACCACGAAAAACUCACAUUUCGAACGAUGAAUUGAUCUCCUUACCAUCGAAAUAUAAAUCCUUUUCUCGGGCAAGUCACGCGAAUGAGCCCAGAUAUCAUGUUGAGCCAAUGGCAAGAACACCGCGAACUUAUAUGCGUCCACCCAAACAACGAACAAUCGUUUCGUAUCGUUGUUCGUCAUCGCAAAUUUCUGAUCGAUCUGAAGCAUCUUUCAAUCAUUCGCUCGAAUCUCUAUGUUCUCCAACGGUAACAAAACAAGAAUCGAAUGAAUUACCCAUUCAUACUCCUCAUGAACGAAGUUUAUAUGAUAUGCAAUUUGAAAGAGAUCGUCAAAAUGAUAUCCGUGGAAGAUAUAAUGUUCCUGAACCAUUUCAACGCACAUGGUUACGACAACCACGUUAUGUGCCACAAGAACGACCGAGUUUUGGUGAAGUUCACCAAUCAAAAAGAAAAAAGAUUAGUCUUGUUUUUCAUGUAGAAGUUGAUGAAUAUAAUUUCAAAAUAAAAACUUUCCAAAACUCAGCCUUUGUUACUCGUUACACUGAUCAGUACACUGUUGUAUUCGAACAGAAAACAUAA